AUUCCCUUGUAUAAGCUAUACUGAAAAUGGCUGAAGAUAAAGCGAAAGAAGAUUUUGGUCACAUUUUGACUAAAUUAAACCGAAGGUUCGAAGUUCAACUUGUGAAAUGGGAGGCAGAUUCGAAAAUUUUCGAUAUCAAAAUAAGAACACAAAUACCAAAAGACAACGAAGACUUCAACACGUUAUGCGAUGAAUGGGUAGAUUUAUUUUCACAAAUUACGGAUACCGUUUGGGCCAAAAAGACUUCAAAUACUGGACCAAAAAUCAGAUUUAGAAAAUUAUAUCAAUGUUGGACCGGAGAAGGGAAAAUUAUAAAAAAGGAGUUAUUAUUUGAUCGUACUAGGUGCAAAGGAAGUUUAGAUUUAAAAGUUUUGUCAGACAAUCCUCUCUCGAAAAGAAAAAGUAAACACGUCAGAAAUGGAAUGAAUCUAGUAAUUAAAGCAACUUUUCAACAUCUACACUCCGUGGAUACAUCAGCUACAAAUGCGUUUUUUGUACAUCAGUGCUGCCCUCAACAAAAUAUUCCUCCACCUCCUAUUCAGCCCAAUAUUAGACUUCCUCAACUAGUAGCGAAUAUGUUGAAUAACGGACCCGAAGUAUCUAGAAAAGCAGCUGAAAAAGCUGAAAAAAUAAUGGCAAAACUCAAUGAAACAAAUUCCUCAAAUACCGAAACUCCAAGCCAACUCAUAGUAAACUACGAGGGAAAUAUUCAACAACAAAAAACCCAGCAGCCUAUUUGUAUUGAGGUAGUAGGUAAUACUACCACCUUUGACCAGGCAGAACCCGUAAAAUUAGAAUCUCAGUUAAAUGAUCAGCAUUACACCCAGUAUGUUGUUAAUGCCCCACAAUUUGACGUAACCGAUCAAGUUCUGAUGUAUCAGCCUUUUUUACUAGAUGUACCACAAUUUAUUUCAAUAACCUCCCCAAAUUUAGCAUCGCAAUAUUUGCAUCUACCUCCAAAAGUUGAUAUUAAGAAUCACAGUGGAUCUGCUUUGUAAACAGUGACUGGAUAUGUUGUGCAAUUUAUUUUUUAUAUUUAUAUGUGGAAAAUGGAAAGAUGAAGAGGAAAAUGGAGAACAGAAAAUAAAUAAUGAUAUUAGUUAUAAACUAGUCCAUGAGAUAAAAUUUUUCAAAAAGUGAAUACUGAAACAAAAUCCAAAGUGAUAGCAUGAUUAUUAACACAUUGAUUACCAAGGAAAUUUUCACAAUUUAAUUUAAUCAUAUCAAAUCAUUGAAAAUAUUAAUUUAAACACAGAGUUGUUACUGAAAGGUAUAGAAAAUGAAGGUUUUUUUUUGGAGUUGUUGGACCUUUUCUUCUUCAUUCGUUCCCGAGACUCGCCAAGAUUGGUUGUUUGCAACUCAUCCAUGUAAUGACAGUUCUACCACAAGCAGUAACAAAUCCAGCUCUUGAGCGUCGUGUCUCAGGGUCGUUUGCAGAAUCUGAAUCAGUGAAGUACUUUAACACCAGGGCUACACCUCCACAAUACAAAAGACCAUAAUGUGAAGUAUUUAAAGAUCCAUUUUAUGGCUUCCCAGUCAGAUACUUUUGGACAAUCCAACACCUCUGAAACUAUACUGACAAUAUAUGAUAAGUCUGGAUGAGUAGUCAUAGUUAGGGCUGGGCAACCUACAGAAGAUAUUUGGAAGUAAGAUUCUGAUAUUGAAUUAUGUUGAAAUAAUUAUUCAGAAAAUAAAUUUUUCAAUCGUUAAA